CCUUCCCCCCUCCCUCCCUCCCUCUUCCCCUUCCCCCCUUCCCCUCCCUCUCCCCCAUGGACAUGCUCGAUCCCGGCCUCGACACAGCCAACGCCGCCCCCGCUGCCAGCCACGAGAAAGGACAAGAAGGUGAAGAGGGAGUCGAGCUGCAGGAAGGAGAUGGCACAAAUGCAGAUGAGCAGACGGCAGUGGCCAUCGCUAGUGUUCAGCAAGCAGCCUUCACAGAUCAUAAUAUCCAGUAUCAAUUCCGCACAGAGAACAAUGGAGGACAGGUGACAUACAGAGUAGUUCAGGUGACGGAUAGUCAGCUGGAUGGACAAACAGAUGCUACAGGGGCAGUCAGCGUGGUCUCAACAGCAGCGUUCACUAGCGGCCAGCAAGCUGUUGCUCAGGCUGUGAUCCAGAACCCUUUCAGCAAUGGCGGGAGCCCAGCCACAGACGCAGUCAGUGGGGAGGCGCGGUUUGCGUACUUCCCUGCCUCCACGGUGGGGGAUGCCACAGCAGUGUCGGUGCAGACGACGGAUCAAUCGCUGACGCAGGCAGGAGGCCAGUUCUAUGUGAUGAUGACACCACCAGAUGUGUUGCCAACAGGAACGCAACGUACCAUCGCCCCUCGUACGCACCCCUAUUCCCCGAAAAUGGAUGGGACACGGACGCCACGAGAUGAGAGGCGAAGAGCUCAGCACAAUGAAGUUGAACGGAGGCGGCGGGACAAGAUCAACAACUGGAUUGUCCAACUAUCAAAAAUCAUUCCAGACUGCAAUACAGAUAAUAGCAAGACGGGAGCGAGUAAAGGAGGCAUCCUAUCCAAAGCCUGCGAUUACAUCCGUGAGCUGCGCCAGACGAACCAGCGCAUGCAAGAGACCUUCAAAGAAGCUGAGAGGCUACAGAUGGACAACGACUUGUUACGGCAGCAGAUUGAGGAGCUGAAGAACGAAAAUGCCCUUUUGAGAGCACAGUUGCAACAACAUGGGAUCGAGAUCGUGGGAGACACACCGGGGCAGUAAAAAAAACCAACCCAGUCCUUCUUUGCCACUGCCUCUUCGUAUGGAAUAUCAGCCUUCAGUUCUCCUGCUCCUUUUUGUAUAAAGACGCCCCUACCUUCAAUGAACGUUGUUUCACUCCCCCUCACAUGGGAGUCAAAUAAAGAGGAGGAGAAAUUUGGGGAGGUGCAGGGAGCCAAAUCAUGUGGCUGUUGUCCCAGGCCUUGCAACUGCUCCCAAGAUCCCUCCUGCCCCAAAUACGCUUCCCUACUAGCCCUUCCUAUCUCCCUCCUUUCCUUUACUUAGGAUAUAUUAACAGUAAACAGACAAAAUCUGCAUUUUUAUAGUAGAUUUUUAAACACAGGCUAGCCAAUUGUCUUUCUUUUCUUUUCCCUCCCCUGCCUGAUCUCAGGGGUCAGGGAAUAUCCCCCACCUUAGCAGUUUAAAUCUGUUGGACUCCAUUUUCUCUUCCGAGACUUGUGUAGUUCUGAAUCUUGCUCCCUAGGGGCGGUCGGACUGAUCUGUUUUGGUUAUGGCCAUGAACAUGGGGCAGGAGCAGGGGCUUGGUCUCUCAGGUUUGGCUGCUGAACCAGUGUUUUGGCUUUUUGCUCUGCCUGUGGCCCCUCAGCUGUGAAUAAUUUUUUCAGGAAAUCUGGAACGCAGUCUGCAAAGUUUUAAGUUCUCUCGCUUUAAGGUGCACUGAAGCAAAUGCGCCUUGAGCAUUUAAGCACACGUGUGCUUUAACUUGCACAUCUUGUGCAGUCAUGCACAGGUUGCAUUCAUUGUGAGUGUUGGCAAAAUUCAGCAACAGUUAGUUGGUGCUUAAUUCUAAGUUGCACCAACAAGACCUUUUGCUGGCUUCUACUGUGUGUCACAAACAUGGAAGGUUGCCACUCCGUUUUUGCCUCUUAGCUGUGUCUGUCCUCUUUCUGUUUCCACAUCAGAAUUUGUAUUUUGUUUUAAAGGCACAGUGGAAAACUGUCCUAAAGCCUACUUCAAUCUCAUCCUUCCCUUCCUUUAUUUCCCUUCUUGUAAGUAUUCUUUUAGUUUAUUAGUUUCAAGGCGCGUUUGUAUAGAGGUACGGUGUUUGUAUGAUAGCUGAAACCCAGGCCGUUAGGAAAGUUUUUAGUGGUGGAUUGAAUUGACAACAGGGUUGCUUUUUGUGUGUUUUUUGAUAUUAUAUAAUUUUUUAAUUAAACUUCAGCAGUGUUUUAGGAUUUCAGGUUGAAAUGGAAGAAUCAGGAGAUGUGUUUUUAAAAGAAGUAGUCUCCAAUAUUUUGGGUUUUCCCCACCUCCCCCCACUUCCAAACAGAUCUUUUUUUUUAAGAAAAGAAAAAUGAUAAAACGACAAAUAAUAUUAUUGUAAUAGCCAGUACCUUAGGUUUGAUUUUUUAAAAAAAUAUCUAUAUAUACCAGCCCCCAACGAAAAAAAGCAUAAUCCACGAUUGCAGCUGGAUUUGUAGCGAUAUUUGUACUGUUCAGUCCUGCUCCAACCCUUUUGAAUGUAAGGACGAGGAGGGAAAGGUUAAAUCAAGGGAAAAAGCAAAUGGUAUAUAUAAAUAUAUAUACAUAUAUAUAUAAGAAAAUUAAUAAGUUGGCUUGCAGAGUUUGAUUGUUGGAAAGUAGGAAAUAAUUCUGUUUAUAUAUAAAAGGAGAAAAAUUGCACAGAAA